UCACUAGUGUUUGAUCUCGAUGAUUUUAGACAUUUUUUCCGGCUAUCUCUGCAAACAAUACCAGUGAUGAAACAAGAAAUAUAGAUGAGAACCCCCGAUUUUGUGACGUCGCACUCGCGCGUCUAUCACGAGUGAUUUCUGUCGUUGGCAUUAGCAAAAAGUGUGCUCGGUGGUUUCGUGCUCGUGUAUUUCAUCAUCAUGUACUAGAGUGAUUUAAUAUAACUCGAGUGUUUUUUCACCCUUAAAUUACUACCCACAUUUAAAUUAUUAUUUUUUCCUUAAUGGAUUGAUUGCAACAAAACGUUCAAAAUGAAUGGUGGUAUGAGAUCCUGCGUUAAGCUAUGCUCAAACUCACAACGACUGCUGUACAGUACCUUUGGGAGAACUAUUAGCCCACAACAAAUGGUAGUCAACAAUUUCAAAUCUAUUCUUGACCGCAGUUUCUCCUCGUCCUCGGCACAAUUUUCUAUUGAAAAUAUUAUCUCAUCAAUUGAAAAAAAAUUACUGGAGCACCUAGAACAAGAAAUCGGCCAACCCCAAACAAAGGAAAAAGCAGACUCUGAAGUUUGUGGUUUCGAAAAAAAAGUUGACAAGAGUGAUGUUAUUUUUAUUAGCAAAUCUCUUCCCUAUGAAAAAAUUUCAGUCAGGUUUAACACCACUCAUUAUGCAAAGGUUGAAGAUUACAAGGAAACCAUUGACAACGAGACUGACGGCGAACCUUUCAAAUAUAAAAUAAACCUGAACUUCGGUGUUGAAAUCCAGAGAAAGAAUAAUGCUACCCUCGUUUUUGAAUGCAUUCUUAUUCAAAAUCGUACUAAUGAAAAUCACAUUCAAGAUUCAUUACCAGAUUCGGUGUUGAAUGAUUCCUCAGCUCAUCAAAUAAAGGAGCUGGAUGGGACUUCUUGUUAUGGAGUGGAAACCGCUCGUAUCGAUUUGGAAGAUAAAAAUACAUACGUCCAACAAUUCAUUCCACGUUUAAAAGACAUGGCUACUCUUGUAGCAACUUUAGAAACGUUAAAUUAUUACUACACGACUCAAUGCUGUGGAAAAUUUGAUCAUCUUGAAAAAAAUGUGCACGGAGUAAUCGAUAACUUGAUGGUACCAAACCGCAUCACAGAAAAAAUCAAAGCACUUUGUACUAAGAUGAGAAAAGAACUGCGUUGUCUUUAUUCUGAAAUUCGGAGAUGGAAAAGUGUAUACGGUUGCGCCGAUUACAGUUCGUAUUUUUAUCUUUACGGACUAGUUUGGGACUCGAGUGGCCACAUUGACGACAAAAAAACGAUAGAGAAAGCUUUAUCUAGUUUGAGACAUUGGAAUGAUGCCGAUUUCGAAUUCGAAAAAAUAACUAAACACUGUUUAGUGGAUUAUAUAAUGGAUUUUCCUCUGGAUUCAUUGAGUGAUGAGUUCAUCAGAAAAGUGGAAGAAAGACAAUUAUUUGAACAUCAACUAACGUAUUACUGGAUAAAACGUAAAACAAGGACUAAGCCUAUUAGGCGACACGACGUAAGCUACAAACAGUAUCAAUUUGCUUUAACUGCUGUGCUUAAUUCGUUGAAACAUGCUUCCAGCAGUCGGUAUCAGUGGUCUGCGUACGAAUACUUCUGGGAUUGUUUCGAUAAAAACGAUCAAGUAGAAAUGACUAUGAAUUUAAUUCGAAACGAAAAUUACAGAAAAUACCAGAAGAUUUUAUUCUCAAAAUUGAAUAAAAAUCAGCUCAAGCGUUUGUAUUCUGCAGCACCUCUUAACAUUAUUGUCAACUUUUUAUCUUUGGGAGAACUCGAACUAGCGAAAGCGACUUGGGAUCGUAUCAAGUUGACCAUCGAAUGUGAGAAAUACGAACUUCUACUUGAACAAAUCUGGAAGAAUCCGAAAUUACAUGUAAAAAACCGUUGGCAAUUUUCAGUUUAUUCAUGGAACACAGCACCCUCGAAUUUAAUCGAGUACCUGAUAAAUGUGAAAAAUUGUCAAAUUGCGGACACGCUUUUGCAAGGAAAACCAAUGCUUAAAAAUUCCAGUAGGUGUAAAUUUUUGAAAGCUGUGUUGUCUCGAACAACGCUCGAAUUCAAACAGAAAUUUUUCCUGCAAACUGGACGAUGUUUGGCAUUGAACCAUCCGGAUGUGUUCAUUUCACUGAUUGAUCAUUGUUUGAACGAAAGUGACAGUGUGGCAGUCAGAGAAAAUUUACUGAUCGAAGCAAUGGAGAAUCCACCAGCUGGAAUUAUGCACCGUUUUCGAGAUUUAUUUUUGUACUCGAGUCGUGAAGAAUUUGACAAAUUCCUCGAGUUAUUCACUUCGAAACCAACUUUACAGACACAAUUCAAGCAGUGUUUGUUAGCAUCUGAAUUACUAACCACCAGUGUACUGUGGAAAACUGAUUAUUGGGAAAAAUUGUGCCAAUUUAUAGACGAGUUGUAUCCGAACCGAGAAGUAGCUCGAUAUCAAAAGAGGAACGUUGUUUUCACUUUUUUACGGACUCAUUGCACUUACCACGAUUGUUAUCGACCAAAUGGUGAUGAAAAGUUUACCGAAAUUGAUAAUCUCUUAAAUCAAGUCCUUACCCCUCGAGAAGUAAUUACUGCCAAAGAAAAUAUAGCUAAUAGUUUUCAGCGUCGUUAUUUUAGAUCUUUGAAAAGAAUGAAUGUGCUGAGAUUUGCCAAGUGGUGUUACUGCGGUGAUGAAGAAAAGAUAGAGGGAUUCAGACGUUCGCUUCCAAUUGAUAAAUUAUUUCGUGGUCUUUUGAGUGAAAUAGUUGAACGAUACGUUAAUAGCAGAGAUGCAGAGUUAUCGUUUUCUUCAUUAGACGAACUCUUACAUUGGAAAUUUUCAUCGAAAACGAAUGAAAUAAAAGAAUUCAAGUCGCGUGAAUUAAACAAAAUCAUGGAGAGAAAGGCAGAAGAAAACCAUUUGUGGAAGACGCACAUAUAUCCGCGUGUCCUGAAGGAAGUUAUUGAAUGGGUUUUCCAUGGCGAUGAGCGCCAGAUUCGAGAAUUUGAGCAGCGUUACUCAGAAACGGAUAUGAUGAAGAUUAUUCACUGGAUGGGUUUUGGAGAAGAGUCCGACUGCUGCGGAGAGUACUACAGUCAUACCAGUGAUGAAUCAGAUGGUGGAAGACGCCAUUUUCCUAAACGUGACGAUUCGUGGUUAAACUCUGACACUGACUUUACCGAUAGCGAUAGUGAGUUUGAUGAGUUUGACUCUGACUAUGAAAACUACCUAUCAUAGCAUGAACGAAGAGUCUGACUAAGUGACUACCUAUAGUGCGACUGAUUCUAAUUUAUAGAAUUUACAUAUACCAUACCUACAUUUUUUAUCUACUUACCUUCAAGAUACAAUUUGAUAAUAUUCAAUACGUGUGGAUUGAAACUUGAAAGGUUCACAUUUCGUCCAGUUGCUUAUUGUUGACUCAUGACUAGCACAUAUGUAGGUAUACUUAUACCUACCUAUUUUUACAAAGUUUUAGCUUUUAUUCAUUUUGUAUUUGUAAUCUACCUAAUACAUAUUAUGAACUCUUA